GGUCCGGGCGAUGGAAUGAAUCCACGUUCGGGGAAGACAUGACUUGAGUAAACUGCAGCUGCAACGGUCUUUACACCGGGCAGCUCGCUAGCUAGCUGAUGAAAGACACGAGGGGGCGCUGGUGCCCUGGUAGGGACGAAGCCUGUGCUGAAUGUCUGAGCAUCCACCAGCCACGCCUGCAGCUCAAGACACUGCGGAUAGUGUUUGCUCUGCUGCCCUGACCACCCACUGGCGAGCUGGAGAAGCCAGAGCUCUCCGAAUCCAACCAAAAGCCUUACACCUGUUUCAGUGGCCACUGACCUAAGUGGUAGGACCUCGGCUAUCCAGGCUCUUUAUGAAACAGGGCCACUACUUGGCACCUACUCCCAGGAAUGUUUUGCACACCCUUUAGUCCUUUGUUCCAGAAAGGACUGUUACAACUCUCCCCUCCCCGCCCCCGCGCCCCCAACACACACACACACAACACACUCUCUCAAUAAGCCUCCGGAAUAACUGCGGAGUGGUAUCUAUCCAGGAAAAUUACUUCAGAGACUUUACCAGGGUUUAAAAUCAAUAGCUUCUGGCUGGAGCUUCCCUUCCGAGUGGUCUGAAUGUGGAUCUUCCUUUCCUGAACACAAAUGGUGGGGAGUGUUCCCUGCUUAGAGAGGAGCUCCAGCACUGUACCUGCCGGAGAUGCUCUGGUCCGUCAUGCCAAGGGCCUGAGCCAGGAUACCUUCAAAAUUUGUAAAGAAUACCUGAGGCCUCUGAAGAAGUUCCUUCGAAAGUUGAACCUGCCCAAGGACCUUCCCCAGAAGAAAAGGAUAAAGUACACGAAGCAGAGCCUUGAAGCCCUAGGGGACCAUAUUAACACCUUCCUGCAGCAUUACUGCCGAGCCUGGGAAAUCAAGCACUGGAAAAAAAUGCUCUGGCGGUUUGUCUCCCUCUUCUCAGAACUGGAAGCAAAGCAGCUUCGUCGGCUCUAUAAGUACACCAAAACGAAUCAGACGGCCAAGUUCCUGGUUGCACUCUGCCCCUGGGAUGCACCGGAGAGAUCAUUGCUUGCCAACCAGGAGGAUAGUCUUCCUAGGCUCUGCAGUGCCUGGGGGUUGCAUGGAAAUAUCAGCGGUAUGAAGGAGAGGUUGUCCAGGAUGCAUGCCCCUGGCCAAGAAGCUGUCAUGCUGGAGGAGCCAGGGUCCUCACACUGCUCCAGAGGAGAUUCUUUAAGGAAACUUCCUCAAAAACCAAAGCUGAAGAAAAAGAGGAUUAAGGAAAGACCAGAAUCUCCCAAGAGCUACUCAUAAAAAGACCCACAGGGACAGAGGCCAGCUCUCCCUGGCUCCCUGAGCACUUGCAUGUAUACUCUGGAGGAUGAGGGGGUUGAAGAGGGUAAAGAAAGUUUACUUUAUCAAAAGGAUACUCAAUUUUUAAUUACAAAUAAAUGGGUAGGGAAAUAAUAAUCCUUAAGACAAU